GGUACCUCCUCGGUAGGUACCCGUAGCUGGUUUGAAGCUUCUAAAAGCUUGUUGAUUUUAAUCAAUUUCUGUCGCUGGCAAUCGCAACAACAUUCUCUCUCAACCAUCUUUUACAGCGAAUCCUCUCGUUUUUAAAACGCUAAUAGAACUUGCAUCUUUUCUAUUAUUUGUUAAUUUAUUUAUUUUCUGUAACGAAUAUCUCAUAUUCGAAUUCUAUACGACCGUCGCAAUCUACAAUUUACCGUUAGAGCAGAAAAACAUUCCUUCACCGGCAUCAGCUACGACGCGCCCUCGUGACGUACGCUCUACUAUCCUUUACUCAUAUCUAAUUAACAAUUCACCGUAACGAACGCGAAUAUGGCAGAAGGGUUUACCGAAGAUCCAGCCGAGGAACAGCAAGCCAACCCGGGCGCGGAUGUCGAAAUGGUUGAGGGUGACGAGACUGAGGGAGCUGCUGCUGGAAACAGCGGCGGAGACUUACUCUUCCCCGAGGUUUCUGAUGUUGAGCCUCGUACCAGUUUUAUUAGUUACCUGACCAGCCCUGUUGUAACUCUGGUUGUCGGUACCGGCGAGACGGAGACCAUCCUCGCUGCGCAUCAAGCACUUCUAACCCAGAGCCCAUUCUUCUCCGACGCAUGUGCCGCCUUUACGGACGAUGGAAGUCCGCGACAAAUAGAACUUCCGAAUGAGCCGCUAGACGCCAUCGGCUGCUUUCUAGAAUUCCUCUAUACUGGAGACUACUUCCCUAGGAAGCUUCCAGGUCAGCGACUACUAGAACAAGAUCCCUCCAUUCCUGCCGUCGACGAAGCCGGUGAACAACUCUUGAAACAUGCGCGCGUCUAUACACUGGCUGGGAAAUUCGGGAUGGAAAAGCUGAAAAGCCUUGCUAUCACCAAGAUUCACUGCGUCAAUUCGACGGCAAAGGGAGAGAUCACCUAUGCCCGUUACAUUUACCAGUAUACCAACAAGGAAGAUGCGACGGUGCGCGCGCCUAUCGCCAACUUCUGGGCUACCCGCAGCCAUACAUUACGUUCGGAGGCGGAGGACGAAUUCCGUUCCUUGUGCUUGGAAUUCCCCGAGUUCGGUUACGACGUUCUUACUCGUGUGUUGGACGAGAAGCUCAAACGAGAGCGGAACGACAAGCUUCACCCGGUGACAGGAAGCGGGCGCAAGCGAGCUCGCCACAGCAACGUAUAGUUGCAUUUUUCUCUCUGAUCGCACCUAAGCUAUUCGAUCUUAAUAAUUUCAUUCGAGACGGCAUUAAAACCGCGUGCAUACUCUACCUAGACUAUGUAACCGAAGCAAUGUGUCCGUCUCUUGAUACCAUCGCACUACCUUGGGGGAGGCUUAAGGUUAGGGACCUCUGGUAUAUCUGCUUGUAAUAGAGCCCGAGUCCAAGCAGAGCGUGUUGCUUAGAGGCUCGGUAGGAACAGGGUGGGAUGUAGUAAAGUAAUUAAAAUAUAUCACCAGCAAUAUAAAAAAACUGACGAACCCACGUUUAUAACAUGGACGUUUUAUAAGGAGUAUUCGUAGCAGGGGUACUGCUAUUUAUCAAUGAAAAUAUUAGUUAUCGUUAGGUAAAUUGUAGUUCCAGUGUAUGUCAUAUUCGUAUUCGUAGGUAUAUUAGACUGCAAAUGCUACAUCUAAUCCCUUUUGUAACCGGUUAUUAACCGAGAAUUGACUUUUGAAACUCUAAAUUCUCAGUGGUAUAAUGCGCUAGAAUCCGAUCCUGACGGGCUAUGUACGGCGUUCCUAUUAUAUCCCCCUCCCCCCC